CUCCGCCUCCGCCCCGGCUCCUCCCCUGAGCCGGAGCUGCCGUGGCCCGUGCCCCUCCAAACAGGAGGCGCUGGCUGAUUCUUUGGGAGUCGCAGGUGUAAAGUCUGCAAGAAAAAUACGCCAGGAAAACUUUAGAUUAAAUGGAAAGAUGUUUGAAGGUGCUUUAGAUCCUGCUGCAGAAAGCAAAAUACAGAAAGAUCGUACCUUAGAAGACAUUUAACCCACAACAAUGUUCUCCAUGAUCUUGGAAACCUCAACAUGGAGAUGAAGAAGCAAGCAAAUCUAAAAAAUCCCUGAACGCUGUUCUGGGGUGCCCUGACAGCAUGGAACAGAGUGAUCUCCAGCAGUGUUUCCUCCAACUGCACACUAAAAAAAGCAUUUUUGGACAAUUCAUCUCCCUAGCUGAGAAAAAAUUCCGGAAGUGCUGGAAAAGAAGGAGCAGGUUGUGCCUCAGCAUUGGGCUUGUUCCCACUGAGCAGACACAGGUGAGGCAAGAGCACCUAUAGAGGUGGAACCCCAAAAAUGGAGGAAAUAAGAGUUUAUUCCGGAUUUUUGGGCAUGGAAAGGAACAAACGGGCAGGUCACAGCAUGGAGAUGAAGCCGGAGGCACUUGUCGCCUGCCAGGUGACUCUGGCAGUGCUUUUCACAACUCUAUUCAUCACAGCCAUCGCUUUUGCAGUGCAAGCUUUUCAGCCUCAUGCCCAGCCCUGCUUUCAGUGCCCCUUUGACUGGAUCAGGUACAGAGGAAAAUGCUACUAUUUUUCUGAGGUUGAGGGGAACUGGACAUCCAGCCACGACAACUGCUCAGCACUUGGUGCUUCCUUGGCCAUGCUGGACAGCACGGAGGACUUGAGUUUUGUGAUGAGAUACAAAGGCAUCUCAGAGCAUUGGAUUGGCCUUUUGCGGGAGAAUGAGCAGCAGCCAUGGCAAUGGGUGAACCGCUCACCUCUAUCUCACCUGUUUUGGAUCCGUGGUGGUGGGCUCUGUGCAUACCUGGAUGACAAUGGGCUCAGCUCCUCCCACUGCAGUACUGAGAGGAGCUGGAUUUGUAAUAAACAUGAGCUGCAGAGCUCAGGCAGGGGCAACAGAAUGAGACGGCCUCCAAACCUCUGUGUCAGCUCCUUGGGUGCUGCAGGGAGGCCUUCUCACUCCCAGAUAUCUGGUGCACCAUAGGGACAUGAAAGAAAAUCUUAAAAAGAUUUUUAAAUCCCUGGGCAAGGGGUUAUUGGGGUUUCCAGGGGCC